AUGCUGCACCUCCGAAACCACCUCCUCCCUCACCUCCGCGCCACGUCCCCGCUGCUCUCUCCCAUCCACCACCACCGCGCGUGCCUCCUCUCCGCCUCCGCGGCCGCCCCCUUCUCCCUCGAGGACUACCUCGUGGCCGCCUGCGGCCUCAGCCCAGCGCAAGCCCGCAAGGCGUCCAAGCAAGCGCUCGAGGAGGCAUCCAGAGAAGCCGGGAAACCAUUCGAGGAGCUUAGGAGCUCCCGCCUCAACUCCGCCUCCAACCCCGACGCCGUCCUCGCCCUGCUCUCCAGCGCCGGCGUCUCCCGCGCCGACAUCGCCGCCGUCGUCGCCGCGGACCCGCUGAUCCUCCGCUCCUGUGUAAACAAGAUCGGGCCCCGCCUGCUCGCUCUCCGUGACCGCAUCGGCCUGUCCGCUCCGCAGAUCUCACGCUUCCUCUUGGUCGGCUCCCGGAAGCUCCGUUCCGGCGACGUCUGUCCCAACCUCGAGUUCUUGAUCUCCUCCUUCGGCUCGCUCGAGCCGGUCCUAGCCGUCAUGAAGGGGAGCAGGAACAUCCUAACCUUGGACCUUGAUAGGGUGAUCAAGCCUAACUUCGCGCAGUUUCGCCAGUGCGGUCUAACCUCUCGAGAUAUUGCCCAGAUGUGUUCCUAUUGCCCGUGGCUGAUUGGGUUCCAACCAGAGCGCGUCAAGGAUUUCCUGCUGCGCGCAGAAGACCUUGGGGUGUCCCGCGGAUCGCCCAUGUUCAAGCACAUGGUAGCAGCGAUGUCCCGUACCAACAAAGAGAAGAAUGCUGCCACGCUCGAGUUUCUGAAGAGGAGUCUUGGUUGCUCUGAGAGCGAAGCUGCCUUUGCUGUGUCCAAGACGCCAAGCAUUCUAGGACUAUCUGAUGAGUGCCUUCUCCCCAAGAUCCAGUUCUUGAUCAACGAGGUUGGACUGGAGCCGCAGUACAUUCUGCAAAAUCCUUCCCUGCUCACAUACAGCCUAGAGAAGCGGCUAGUGCCCCGAUAUUGUGCCAUGAAGAUCCUGCGGGCAAAGGGAUUGAUGAAUAGCAAUUUUUGCAGAUUAGCUCAAAUUGGAGAGCAGAAAUUCAGAUUGAAGUUCAUAGACCGUCACAAGGACUCUGUUUCUGGGCUAGCACAUGCUUAUGCCACAGCUCGUGCUGGCCUUGUGCCCUCUGGGGUCUAA